UGUAUUGCAACUAUUUUUUGUUCCUAUUUGUACUGUGUGUUUUAGUUUGUUGAUUAGCAAUUUUUGGUUAUGAGAUCUGUACCAUGUGCUUGUGCCCUCACGUUUUUUUCAUUCCCAUUUUUUCAGUGGUUUUUAUAAUGGAUCAAGAACAGAAUGUCACAGGCCAGCAAGGCGCUGACACUGUCCAUCGCUCUCCUCGUGUACAAAACAAGAGAAAGGAAUUAGAUAAAAAUGAAUUGAAGGAAAGGAGGAAGAGGUUAAGGUUGAAAGUCCCCUUGUCUCCUAUUCAAGAUGAAGAAAGUGAUGAUGAACAAGACCCAGAGUUUGCUCCUGCCGGCGAUGGUUCUGGCGACGACAAUGUUGUUAUUGUUGGUGACGAUGAGAAUAAGGGUAAAACUAAGACGCGAGCUAUACGAUGCUCAAUUGGGAAGUUCAUAAAGCUUGUGAAUGCUCUCUCCGAUGAAUUGAAAGGUGAAGUAGUUGCCAAGGGGUUUGGCGGCUUGCUGAGAUUCAAGCCGCACUUAUUGUCUAGAAAAUUGCUCAGCUGGCUGAUGCGGAAUCUUAACCCAGAGACGAUGAAAUUAGAGAUUGGUGGUGGAAAAGAGAUUCCAAUCACUGAGCACAGUGUUUGGUGUGUUUUGCAGUUACCAAACGUUGGCCGUGACCCGCCCCCCAUGUCUGAUGCAGAUGCUCGUGCCUUGCGGGACGAGCUGGGAGAGCAAAUUUGUGGCAACUCUUAUAGACGCAGAUCUGGUAUCAAUCUAUAUGUUAUCACUGAUCGACUGCAGAAGAGGAUUCUCACUGGGGAGCUGAGCCUUUUUCAUGGCUGCAUUUCAGUGUCUGCUAUUCUCCAACACUGACACUCGCAUCAGGAUUGAUGAUGUAAAGUAUACUCAGGACAUCUAGAACAUGGCCAACAAGAACUGGUGGAAAGCGGUAGUUGACAGGCUCAGCAUAGCUUCUCGUCUUUAUAAAAAGGAUUUUGCGGAGAAAGGCAUCAACGCACCCAUUAGUGGAUGCGGGAUCUUCGUAGCUGUAAGCUCAACACACACAUCCAUUUUUUGCCCUUGCAACUUACUCUUCCAAUUACACAAGUAGUAAUUGUUUUAUGUUUACUGUUACAACUAUCAUAUGUUACAAGUUGCAAUUUGAUUUACUUUUUUGAUUUUUUUAUGAUAGCUUAGUUCACAUUCACAUGUAUUUUGUAAUUUAUGUUGUAUACAAAUUAGCAAUAAUUUUAGUAUUUUCUAUUGCAA